AUGGAUUGGUCCGAAGACAACACACAGGCUGGAGUGCGCGUUCACGAAGCCACGAAUAGGCUCGACACUGUUCAGUCCAGGCUUUACGAUAUCGACUACAGUCUAUGGACGCAUCAGAAGGAUCUAGCGACGUUACGUGGAGCUGUACAAAAGAUCCGACACUCGCUCUCUGUUGAUGCUGGAGCUUACUUGCGCGGAGACGACAACCAAACGGUUCAGACCCGUCAUGCCCACACAGACAACACGCUGGGUCAUGGCCAUUCUCACGCGCAAAGUCUAGACUUUGCCGGAGGCUCCGAGUCCAACGACCUCGUCAGCGAGCUGAUGGAGGCCUCCAAGAGCAACGUCAAGGAGAUCACGGCACAUGUCACAGAGAAUCGGCGUUCUACAGUCAGUGGCACGAAUGCUUCUACAGACGCCGGGGCGUGCGGAGUAGCCGGUUGCGUAGCACACAUCCAGCAAUUGCAGUCUGCGGUGCGCAAGGUUCCGACUAACAGAGCAAGCCCGGCCAAGGGAAGCUCGGAGAAGCAGCGCGUCGGGCUGCGAAGAAGUCCGAGGCGCCACAGGGCAGAGAUGAAGGUCGCCAGCUAG